GCUUAACAACUGUCUAUGUGCUUCCCAUGAUAUGUUCUCUAAAUUGAAAAAUUAUGACCUCGGCAUCCAAAGGAAUUCUCCGGCCAUUUUUAAUCGUCUGCAUUAUCCUGGGCUGCUUCAUGGCAUGUCUGCUCAUUUACAUCAAGCCCACCAACAGCUGGAUCUUCAAUCCGAUGGAGUCAGCCAGCUCUGUGCUGAAAAUGAAAAAUUUCUUCUCCACCAAAACUGAUUAUUUUAACGAAACUACGAUUCUGAUUUGGGUGUGGCCAUUCGGGCAGACCUUUGACCUUACAUCUUGCCAAGCAAUGUUCAACAUCCAAGGAUGCCAUCUCACGACGGACCGGUCCCUGUACAACAAAUCACACGCGGUUCUGAUCCAUCACCGAGACAUCAGUUGGGAUCUGACUAAUUUACCUCAGCAGGCGAGGCCACCCUUCCAGAAAUGGAUUUGGAUGAAUUUGGAAUCACCAACUCACACACCCCAGAAGAGCGGCAUUGAGCACCUGUUCAACCUGACUCUGACUUAUCGCCGCGACUCAGAUAUCCAAGUGCCUUAUGGCUUCUUGACGGUGAGCACGAACCCCUUCGUGUUUGAAGUGCCAAGCAAAGAGAAGUUAGUGUGCUGGGUUGUAAGUAACUGGAACCCUGAGCAUGCCAGGGUCAAGUAUUACAAUGAGCUAAGCAAAAACAUUGAAAUCCAUACCUAUGGGCAAGCAUUUGGAGAGUAUGUGAAUGAUAAAAAUUUGAUUCCUACCAUAUCUACUUGCAAAUUUUAUCUUUCCUUUGAAAACUCAAUCCACAAAGAUUACAUCACAGAAAAGCUCUACAAUGCUUUUCUGGCUGGCUCUGUGCCUGUUGUUUUGGGGCCAUCUAGGGAAAACUAUGAGAAUUAUAUUCCAGCAGAUUCAUUCAUUCAUGUGGAAGAUUAUAACUCUCCCAGUGAGCUAGCAAAGUAUCUGAAGGAAGUAGAUAAAAACAAUAAAUUAUACCUUAGUUACUUUAACUGGAGGAAAGAUUUCACAGUAAAUCUUCCACGAUUUUGGGAAUCACAUGCAUGCUUGGCUUGUGACCAUGUGAAAAGACAUCAAGAAUAUAAAUCCGUUGGUAAUUUAGAGAAAUGGUUUUGGAAUUAAAGUUUUCCAUCAU